UCAGAAGAGGAAGGAGUUUGGAGCCCACAACAUAGAAAUGAUCUGUGGAACCCCUUUGAGUAUCCGCAGCCCUGGACUCCCUUCCACCACACCUGCCACCAACCAGGACAUGAACUGCUGGUCUGCAGGGGCUCCUUGACACCACACGGGUCGACAGAAUGGGAUCGUUUUGAGAGUUUGAUACAGGAACUCGACAGCAAACAGUCUGAUCUGUAUCCUCCGGAAAUGACCCCCUCCAUCACAGAUCUGCAUAUCUCACAGGACAUAUUGAGCGGGUUCGGGAGAUUUGACGCCGUCAGACAGCCCUCUCCUUUAAUGAAACCCCAGCAUAAUGAAAGCACUCUGGGGGAGAGCUCAUCAGACUGGAACCACGUGAAGAUCUCACCUGAGAUAACGCUGGCAGCCAUCACAACUGGAAACAAACAGAAAUAUGAAGCGGAGAAGAGGAAAGUUGGUGUUGGGCGAUCAUCUCGUAAAGCACACAGGCGGUCCAGAAACUCUCUGGAGAGUCUCUACAGCCUACACAGUGGACAAAGCUCCUCAAGUGGAGUCACCAGUGGGUCAGACUGCUCCAGUAACAGAAACAGUCUGAGGAUGGAGGACGAUCUAUUGUGCACAAGACAAUUCUGUGCUCGAGCAAAAGUCCAUACAGACUUUGUGCCAAGUCCAUAUGACACAGAAUCUCUCAAGCUUAAGGAGGGAGAUGUGAUUCACAUAAUCACCAAGCCCCCCAUGGGAAUAUGGACAGGCAUGCUGAAUGGCAGAAUCGGAAAUUUCAAGUUCAUUUAUGUGGAUUUGCUAUCAGAGGAGGGUCCUGUUGCACACAAGGAAACACAAACAAACAAAUUGAGACAGACAUCAACUGUCCAGGGAGUUCUAAAGUGCCUCAACUUGGAGGUGUAUUCCUCGUCUUUUCAGCAGCAUGGUUACAAAACAGUGGAUGACUUGUUGAGGUUGAGGGAGCAUUGCCUGACGGAGCUGAAUGUGACUGAUCCAGAGCACAGACAUUGUCUACUCUCCGCUGUCCGCUCCCUGCAGCAACCAUGCUCUGAUCAUUUAGAGAAUGAGUCCAAUCAGAAGGCUGGAACCUCCGGCGAGAACACAAAGGAAGAUUUGAUCAACUGCCCAAGAGAUUCCGGUUGCCACAUGCCCUCUGACAGCACCAACAACAUCACAGAGGAGCCAGAACUGGCCUUUAUAUCUGACUCCGAGUACCCUCUACCGACUGAGAAAACCACUUCAUAACCAUCAUCUAUAAUGUAUCCG